AUGGACCGGCUAGAAGGACUGGUUGCCUCUCCCGCAGGAUUGGUGUGCGCCUUAGGAUCCUCGUUGGCGGUGACAUAUUUUCUCGUCCUAUCGACGUGGCGGUUAUAUCUUUGUCCUCAAGCAGAGAUCCCUGGGCCGACAUUGGCAAAGCUCACGUAUUGGUACGAAUUCUACCACGAUGUCAUCCUCGGCGGUCAAUAUAUCUGGAAAAUUCGUGCCUUGCAUCAGCAAUAUGGUCCCAUUGUGCGCAUCAACCCGGAAGAAAUUCACAUCCAGGACGCCGACUAUUAUGAUCACGUGUACGCCGGCUCCACGCGCAAACGGAACAAGUGGACGUUUUUUACAAACCAGAGUGGAUUACCUCAGGCGGCGUUUGCAACUCCCGACCAUAAUCUUCACCGCAUGCGCAGGGCGGCCUUGAAUCCCUACUUCUCCAAGGCGAAAGUGAGGAGCUUACAACCGCGUAUCGAGUCUAGCUUGAACAAUCUGCUGGCGCGCUUUGAUGAAUUUGGAGCUUCCAGAGAGCCUAUGACAGUGUCGUUGGCUUACGCUGCGCUCACGAACGACGUCGUCAUGGAGUAUGCGUUUGCCCGCAGUGAUAAUCGGUUACUGGCUCCCGACUUUGAUCCAAGCUUCAAAAAAGCUGGUGAAGCAGGGGCCAAGCUGGGCCAUUUCGUCAAACAAAUGCCGUGGGUGCUAACCGUGAUGAAAUUGCUUCCGGACUCGGUGCAGACUACCUUCAACCCUAUGAUGGCUAGUUAUAUAAAACUGAAUAAGGAUAUCAUCCAGCAUGUUUCUGAGAUUUACUCGCAUCGUGGCGAGUCCGGCAGUAAAUAUAGCUCACAAACGACCAUCUUCCAUGAGAUCUUGCAGGGCGAUCUACCCGAGCAGGAAAAGUCACCUGACCGUCUCUGGCAAGACGGACAGGUGACAGUCAUUGCCGGCACAUUAACGACCGCGGCUGCGCUCUCAGAAAUAACGUAUUAUCUGCUGGAACAACCGAUGGAACUGGAGAAACUGAAAAAUGAGCUGGCGGAGGUCUUUCCACGCCCGACAGAUCUGCCGGAAAUAGCAAAGCUGGAGCAACUUCCAUAUCUCACGGCUGUCAUCAAAGAAGGCCUCCGUCUUAGUAGUGGGAUUAGCACACGGUUGCAGCGCAUUGCAACGGAAGAGACGCUAGUCUACACUGCCAAAGUCCCGGAUGCCAACGGCAAAACAGAAACCGAGAAGCGAUAUGUCCUGGGUCCUGGUAUCCCUCUGUCCAUGACCGGCUUGCUGAUUCACCAUUCAGCGACAUACUUUGAAAAUCCAAUGGAGUUCCGUCCGCAACGAUGGAUCGAUAACCUGAGUCUAGAAAAGUAUCUUGUACCUUUCUCUCGUGGCACAAGAGCCUGCGUGGGCAUCAACCUGGCAUACGCGGAGCUGUACCUCACCGUGGCGGCCGUGUUUAGUAUAUAUGGUAGCAGAGCUGUCCGCUUUCCGACAGACAAAGGCUGGCUAGAGCUUUUUAACACAACCUAUGAGGAUCUAGAGAUUAUUGGUGAUGGAGUAACACCAUUAUAUCGACCGAAUAGCAAGGGAAUCAGGAUUACAAUUCAUACCUCAUGA